AUGACCGUCAUGACCCCCAUACAACGACGUUUCUUCAGCACCCUCCGUGCUCUACAACAUGAGAACCCUCUCGGCCUCCCGCGUACAGGUUCCAUCCCACGGAUGCAGCGUGGCCUUCCUGAACGGCGCAAGAUCAAGGAUGUCGCCAAGGUCAUCGCCGUGUCCUCCGCAAAGGGCGGCGUAGGCAAGAGCACCAUCGCCGCCAACCUGGCUCUUUCCUUUGCGAGGCUGGGCCACCGCUCCGGUAUCCUGGACACGGACAUCUUUGGGCCGUCGAUCCCAACGCUGUUCAACCUCAACGAGGAGCCUCGGCUUUCUGAAAAUAACCAGCUGCUUCCUCUUUCGAACUAUGGCGUCAAGACCAUGUCCAUGGGCUACCUGGUCGGCGAGGACGCCCCUGUUGUGUGGCGCGGCAUGAUGGUCAUGAAGGCCUUGCAGCAGCUCCUCCACGAGGUCCACUGGGGCGGUCUGGACGUGCUUGUCCUGGACCUGCCACCGGGAACUGGCGACACGCAGUUGAGCAUCACACAGCAGAUCGUGCUGGAUGGCUCGUUGAUUGUGACAACACCACACUCCCUCUCCGUCAAGGACGCCAUAAAGGGCAUCAACAUGUUCAAGAAGGUCAACGUGCCCCUCCUGGGACUAGUCAACAACAUGUCCCUCUUCACCUGCCCGGACUGCGGCGGGCAGCACCACAUCUUUGGCCGCAGCGACGGCGUCCAGCGCGUGUGCGCCGACCACGCCAUCGACUUCCUCGGCGACGUCCCUCUGCACCAGAACAUCGGCAGCCAUGCGCAGGAGGGCAAGCCGACUGUCGUCGCGGAGCCUGGUAGCGAGCGGGCCGAGUUGUUCCUAGGCAUGGCGAGGAGCCUUGGGGGAAAGAUUGGGCUCUAG